AGCUCGGCGCCGGUUGUCCCAGCACGAAGCGAGAAAAAAGUUGUUCAACAGCCCGAGUCGAAGAACUUUGUCCAGUUACGUGAGGUUGUCCCAACCAAGAAAACAAUGCAAGCCUUCAUCGCAACAAUCCUUCUCAGCUUCACCGCCUCGGCUCUGGCCGGCGGCUACGGCGGAGGCUAUGGUGGAGGCUACGCCACCUAUGCCGCUCCUGCGGUGGGCUACGGUUACGGCGUAGCCGCUCCUGUCGCCGCCAAAGGCCUGGCCUACGGCGCCACCUACGCCGCUCCAGUGGCCGCCUACGCCGCUCCGGCUGUCACCAAGACCGUGUCGUACGCCGCCCCCGUCGUUGCCUACGGCGGAAACGGAGGCUACGGCGGCUACGGCGGCUACGGCGGAUACGGUAGCUACGGAUACGCCGCGCCUGCUGCGGUCGCAACCUACGCUGCUCCCGCUGUGGCCAAGACCGUCGCUACAUACGCAGCUCCCGCUGCUGUCGGCUAUGGCUACGGAGGAUACGGUCUCGGCGGCUACGGAGGAUAUGGCCUCGGCAGCUACGGCGGAUACGGCCACGGAGGAUACGGAGGAUACGGUGCCGGAUACGUGGCCCCCGCCGUCACCACUUACGCUGCUCCCGCGGUGGCCCGCUACGCCGUCCCGGCCGUAGCCAAGACCGUAUCCGUGGCCCCGGCCGUCGCCACCUACGCCGUGCCGGCCGUAGCCAAGACUGCCGUGACGUACGCCGCCCCCGCCUACGGAGCCGCUGUCGCCGUGCCGGCCGUGGCAACCAAGGCUGUCGGCUACGGUCUGGGCUACGGUGCCUACGGAGCCGGCUACGGCUCUGGAUAUGGCAUCGGAUACGGCGCCGGCUACGGCCUCGGUUAUGCGGCGCCCGUGUACGGCCACUACACCUCCAAGUACUACAAGAAAUAAGCUGUAAAAAGAUCAACAAGGCAAGAGCCGCACGUCACAGCAGCUCGCAAGUUUCUCGGGCUUCCACCAGGCAUCAGGGCAUCGAACGAGAUUCACCAUCGAGACAAGCUUCCGCACUUUUUUUCUUCGUAUUUAUUUUCCUGCUCGGUCGACUCCGAACUGCCGACGCUUCUCUCGUCGAAAAUAAUAAAAAAAAAGUUCGCGAAAACAUCGACUGAG